AUGACACAAAGCACGCCCAGCCAUUCAGCAAACACAUUAAUUUCCAAGAAACCGCGUCUUGAGAAAUCACACGAUUUAUUGACAUGCACCGUCAAAAAUCCCCAAUUCUCCUAUGCGCUUCUGGAGCUGGUUUCAGACAGUGAGGACGCCGAGCUUGACAAUCUGCAAGUCCAAUCAUUUUGCAAUGCCGCUCUUCGCCAAUUUUUAGGCAUCACAGGGGCUGCUAUUCCCAUAGACGUCCUCAAGGUGCAGGGCAAGGAGUGCUGGGUUCGCGUUCCACAGCCAGAAUUGGGUGCCUUUGCGGCUGGUAUCACUGCUUGGAGAGGUACUAUCGAGGAUGGUGCACAGAAUAUAUUACGCUUGAAGCAGUGCUCAGACUACCUUGGAUCGAUGGUCGGGGGAUACGGCCAAGAUACGCUAUGGAAUUCCUGA